AUGGUAGGGGCAACGGAAGGGCACAACACAUCCUCUACAGACUUCAUCUUCCUAGGACUGUUCACCAGAGAGGAAACCUCAGGUCUCCUGUUUGCCACCAUCUCUGCCAUCUUCCUCACCUCACUGCUGUCCAAUGGGAUAAUGAUCUUUCUGAUCCACACUGACUCACACCUCCACACACCCAUGUACUUCCUACUCAGCCACCUUUCCUUGAUCGAUAUGAUGUACAUUUCCACCAUCGUGCCCAAGAUGCUGGUUGACUAUAUGCUGGGCCAGAGAAGCAUUUCUUUUGUGGCAUGCACAGUUCAGCACUUCCUCUAUCUCACCCUGGUAGGGGCUGAGUUCUUCCUGCUGGGGCUCAUGGCCUAUGACCGCUAUGUGGCCAUCUGCCACCCCCUGCGGUACCCGGUGCUCCUGAGCCGCCGGGUGUGCUGGAUGAUCAUAGCAGGCUCCUGGUUUGGGGGCUCUCUGGAUGGCUUCCUCCUCACACCCAUCACCAUGAGCUUCCCCUUCUGUGGCUCCCGGGAGAUUCACCACUUCUUCUGUGAGGCGCCUGCUGUGCUAAGCCUGGCAUGUGCAGACACAGCCCUGUAUGAGAUGGUGAUGUAUGUGUGCUGUGUACUGAUGCUGCUCAUCCCCUUCUCUGUGGUGAUCACUUCCUAUGCCCGCAUCCUGACCACUGUCUACCUCAUGAGCUCUGUGGAGGGGAGGAAGAAGGCCUUUGCCACCUGCUCAUCCCACAUGCUCGUGGUGACCCUGUUCUAUGGGGCUGCCAUGUACACCUACAUGCUGCCACACUCUUACCACACACCAGCCCAGGACAAAGUCUUCUCUGUGUUCUACACCAUCCUCACACCCAUGUUGAACCCCAUCAUCUACAGCCUAAGGAACAAGGAUGUGGCUGGGGCACUGAGGAGGGUGUUGGCGAGGAUCAGGUUUUCCCAGCAAGUGUCUGGAGAGGCCUUCUGA